UCACUCAACCCUGAGGGCGGAGCUAAUUGCGGCUCCCAUCCCCGGCGCUCUGGCCCGUAAAGACGCUACUCUAUGGCACCUCGGGUUCCCUCUGCCUGCAUUCUGGAGGACCACACUCGUUUCCUUUUUGGCUGCGAGAGGUCCCGCCGCCGUGGCUGAGCUGGAAGAAAGAUGGCGGCUGCCGUGCGACAGGAUUUGGCCCAGCUCAUGAAUUCGAGCGGCUCUCAUAAAGAUCUGGCGGGCAAAUAUCGUCAGAUUCUGGAAAAAGCCAUCCAGCUAUCUGGGACAGAACAACUAGAAGCUUUGAAAGCUUUUGUGGAAGCGAUGGUGAAUGAGAAUGUCAGUCUUGUGAUCUCACGGCAACUGCUGACAGAUUUCUGCACACACCUUCCUAACCUGCCGGACAGCACAGCUAAGGAGAUCUAUCACUUCACCUUGGAGAAGAUCCAGCCUCGAGUCAUUUCCUUUGAGGAACAGGUUGCUUCCAUAAGACAGCAUCUUGCAUCCAUCUAUGAGAAAGAAGAAGACUGGAGAAAUGCAGCCCAAGUGUUGGUGGGGAUUCCUCUGGAGACAGGACAAAAACAGUACAAUGUAGAUUAUAAGCUGGAGACUUACCUGAAGAUUGCUAGGCUGUAUUUGGAGGAUGAUGAUCCUGUUCAGGCUGAGGCUUAUAUAAAUCGAGCAUCCCUGCUUCAGAAUGAAUCCACCAAUGAACAGUUACAAAUACAUUAUAAGGUGUGCUAUGCACGUGUCCUUGAUUACAGAAGAAAAUUUAUUGAAGCUGCCCAAAGAUACAAUGAACUCUCUUACAAGACAAUAGUCCAUGAAAGCGAAAGACUAGAAGCCUUGAAGCAUGCCUUGCACUGCACCAUCUUAGCAUCAGCAGGACAGCAACGUUCUCGGAUGCUCGCUACUCUUUUUAAGGAUGAACGGUGUCAGCAACUUGCUGCAUAUGGGAUUCUCGAGAAAAUGUACCUAGAUAGAAUCAUCAGAGGGAACCAGCUUCAGGAGUUUGCUGCAAUGCUGAUGCCUCACCAAAAAGCAACUACAGCCGACGGUUCCAGCAUCUUGGACAGAGCUGUUAUUGAGCAUAAUUUGUUGUCAGCAAGCAAAUUAUAUAACAAUAUCACCUUUGAAGAACUUGGAGCGCUUUUAGAGAUCCCCGCAGCUAAGGCAGAAAAGAUAGCAUCUCAAAUGAUAACAGAAGGACGUAUGAAUGGAUUUAUUGACCAGAUUGAUGGAAUAGUUCAUUUUGAAACACGAGAAGCCCUGCCAACAUGGGACAAACAGAUCCAAUCACUUUGUUUCCAAGUAAAUAACCUUCUAGAGAAGAUCAGUCAGACAGCCCCGGAGUGGACGGCCCAGGCCAUGGAGGCCCAGAUGGCCCAGUGAGCCCUUGCCACUCUGUGCACGCCGAAGCAUCGCCACUUGGUGCGGGUGGACCUCACUGCCCUCCAGAGCAUUUGCAUCAUGACCUUCCACAUUGCUGCCCUUUACGCCGGGUCCUUUAAAGAAGAUGCUAGAGAGGAAGUUGAGCAAUCAAACAUAGUAGUUCCCACGUACUGGGGUCUAUGUGUUAACCCAGCUCAGAUAUUUUGAAAACUUGUUCUUUAAGCAGAAGUGAAAGCUCUGUGAUGGAGAGACCUGGGAUUUGUGAGAACUUUGUAGUCAUGUAACUUCAGUGCUUUGUGCCUCUCCAAACGUGGUUACUCUAAUAAAUGGAGCAAUGGCCCAAAGAAAGGGAGUACUGGUUUUUAAU